UUUCACUGUCCUCGCUCCACCGGGAAUCAAGCAGCGCCGGAGUACCGUGCGCGCGAGUCACCGUCCACGAGUCCGCCUACGAGCCUCGAGAGCGCACGGGUCCGAGCUUUUACUGCCGUCCGCGUCUGGGCUCCUUCUGCACGCGGACAAAAUGAGUUUCUUUACGUUUUUCGGUCGGAGGCACUGGAUCCUCCGAGUUCUCCUGGUUCAGGUUCUCGCUUCUUUAGGAACAUUCGCAGCGCCUUCGCCUAUCAUUAAGUUCCCAGGAGAUGAUUUUGUAGCUCGGACAGACAAAGAAGUAGCGCUGCAUUAUUUGAAUAAGUUCUAUGGAUGCCCUCAAGACCGCUGCAACCUGAUGGUUCUGAAGGACACGCUGAAAAAGAUGCAGAAGUUCUUUGCUCUUCCAGAGACCGGAGAGAUUGACCAGAAGACAGUUGAGAUCAUGAAGAGGCCACGCUGUGGUGUUCCAGAUGUGGCCAAUUACAACUUCUUCCCGUCAAAGCCUAAGUGGCAAAAUAAUGAAGUUACAUACAGGAUCUUGGGCCACACUCCAGACAUGGAUGAGGAGACAAUUGAUGAUGCAUUCUUCCGCGCUUUUAAAGUCUGGAGUGAUGUUACACCUCUUAAAUUCACGCGCAUCAUGACCGGCGAGGCUGAUAUCAUGAUCAACUUUGGGCGAAAUGAGCAUGGUGAUGGUUAUCCAUUUGAUGGUAAGGAUGGUCUCCUGGCCCACGCAUUUGCUCCAGGUUCAGGCAUUGGAGGAGAUUCCCACUUCGAUGAUGAUGAGCAUUGGACUUUGGGAGAGGGGCAAGUUGUAAAGGUGAAGUUUGGCAAUGCAGAGGGGGAGUUCUGUAAGUUUCCAUUCCUCUUUAUGGGUAAACUUUACAACAGCUGCACAAAUCAAGGACGUGAUGAUGGCUUUCUUUGGUGUUCAACAACGUAUGACUUUGACACUGAUGGAAAGUACGGGUUCUGUCCACAUGAAUUGCUGCUCACACUGGGUGGAAAUGGAGAUGGAUCACCAUGUAAGUUUCCCUUUACGUUUCAAGGAGAGAAGUAUGACAGUUGCACCACUGCAGGUAGAGAUGAUGGGUACCGUUGGUGCGCCACUACAGAAAACUAUGACCAGGAUAAGACGUAUGGAUUCUGCCCAGAAACUGCCAUGUCUACAAUUGGAGGAAAUGCUGAGGGAUCACCCUGUGUGUUUCCCUUUAUUUUCCUGGGCAAAACCUAUGAUGCCUGUACCACCUCUGGACGUAAUGAUGGGAAGAUGUGGUGUAGUGUCACCAAGAGUUUUGAUGAAGACCGCAAAUGGGGCUUUUGUCCAGACCAAGGCUACAGUCUGUUCCUGGUGGCAGCCCAUGAGUUUGGCCAUGCUCUGGGCUUGGAGCACUCUCAAGACCCUGGAGCACUCAUGGCUCCCAUCUACACCUACACUAAGCACUUCAGGCUCUCCAACGACGACAUCAGAGGAAUUCAGGAGCUCUACGGUGCUCCAACAGGACAGCCAGUUCUUCCCACUAUGGGUCCAGUCACUCCUAUGGAUAUAUGCAGUGAGAACAUCAUAUUUGAUGCUAUAGCACAGAUCAGAGGGGAGACGUUCUUCUUUACAGACAGAUUCCUUUUUAGAACUACUAAUGCAGAUAAGAAGCCAUUAGGUCCAUUGUUGGUGGCCACAUUCUGGAGUGAGCUUCCUGAGAAGAUAGAUGCAGCCUAUGAGAACCCACUGAAGGAGAAGUCUGUGUUCUUUUCAGGUGAUGAAAUUUGGGUGUAUUCAGCGAGCACUUUGGAGAGAGGCUAUCCUAAAAAGAUCUCCUCCAUGGGCUUCCCACCAGACAUCGAUCGCAUAGAUGCAGCCUAUGCCUUCCACAAGAGCAAGAAGACCUACCUGUUUUCUGGAGACAAAUUCUGGAGGUACAAUGAGGCCAAGAAUAAAAUGGAUCCCGGCUUCCCCAAACUUAUUGCCGAUUCCUGGAAUGGAGUUCCAGAUGAUCUGGAUGCAGCGUUCAGUAUGAACGGAGGCGGCUACAGCUACUUCUUCAAAGACUCCCACUAUCACAAAAUGGAUGAGAACUUUAGGAUCGUCAAAGUGGGAGAGGUGAAAACAGACUGGCUGCACUGCUGAGCAGCAGCACCAUCAUCUAGCCCUGACCCUUAAAUUUGGACCAUCUUAUUCUGUGCCACUAUGAUGUAAUGUUUUAUUGGCAACACUCCAAUUUGUCAGAACGUCUUCUCUCGCACAGAUCUCUCCCGAAUGAGAUCAAUCUGGUGUUAAACAAAAAGCUAACCAGCUUUACAAAUUAUUUGCAUUGUUGCUGUUUAUUUUCAGUGCUCGUUUUUUUUUUUUUCUUUAGUCGUGGCCUUCUUAAAGAAAAUUAAUUUGUGUUACACUAGAUUUGCAAAGACAUCAGGUAUGUCCCCACUGAAUAUUCAUGUAAUGUUGUAUUUCAUGUAUUUUUUCAUAAACCAUUUUCAGUCAAGUAGGACUGUAAGAGUAUGAUCAUAAGCAUAAAAAUAAUGUUUGUUUUUUUUAAAUGUAUUUGCUGUUUUGACUUUUGUUUAUUAUUCUAUUAGUGGAAAAUCUUAACUGGUGCAGUAUUUUUUUAUAUCAUUUCAUAUAGGGUAAGCACUUUCCUUUUUUUGUACAUUAAUUAAAAGUGUGUUCUGCAGCAACACAGAAACCAAACAUAACAGAAGCACAUCGAUUUUUUUCUGUUCUUCUUUCAUUUUUCUCAUGGCACUAGACAAAUGAGGGCACGGGUUGCCUGAGACUGUAUAUGGGUUUGUUGUGUGAUGGACUAAUGACCGAAAAAAAAAGUAUCAUGGAAAAUACUGUUAAUUAAUCAUAUGUUCUUUUAUUUUGACCAUUUGAGUUGGCAUUAUAUGUUUUUUUAUUAUUGUUUGCUUUGUGCACUUUGUCACUAUGUGUAAGUCUGAAAAUAAAGACAGAUUGUUCUUAA